AUGGAGCCACUAUCCAUCGACUCGGUCGUCGUCGACCAUGGCGAAGCGCACCCCACGCCGGGAACCCCUCCAUCCGAGGCCAUUAUGAUCGAGCAGCCAAAGCUCAAGGGCAGACAGCGCCUUCUCAUGGGCUUACAACGGAUGGGCUCGUCCAAUAGUCUGGCACACAUGGGUAGACCUCGCUCACACAGUCUGAGAAGUGGUGGAAAGGCAUCCAUGUCUUGCGUCUCUCUCGCAUCUCCUGGCUCGCCGUAUGGCAACUCAUUCGGCAGUUCUUACUCGUCAGAGUUGUCCAACGGAUACUCUACGGCACCCACGUCCGUCGCCAACAGCCCACCAGGCACUCCUUUUUGGGACGAAAGGACUCGUCUCCGUAUGAAGACACCAGACGUCCAAUCUUCAGUACCUCUCCCUUCCGCCCGACGACCUUUCACCAGAGAUGGCAUCGAAGCCGAGAGCGACUAUUUUUCACGACCCGUCCAUAAAGUCCAGAGACGAGCCAACUUCAACUUCUGGAGCGACAUGCCCACCGAGAUUCGCAUGCAGAUCCUCCGAUACCUCGAACCAAAGGAGAUUGUACGUUGUUCGCGCAUCUCCAAGUCAUGGCAUGCUAUGUGCUUCGACGGCCAACUAUGGAGCGACCUGGACACGAGCAAGUUCUAUCGCGAUAUCUCAGCCAACGCUUUGGUUAACAUCAUCACUUCGGCGGGACCGUUUGUGAAGGACUUGAAUCUGAGAGGCUGCGUGCAGCUGAGAGAACACUGGGGCAAGGAUGGCUUUAUCGAGUCUUGCCAGAAUCUGGAGAACUUUUCACUGCAGGGGUGUCGAAUCGAUCGAACGUCAAUUCACUGCUUCUUACUCCAGAACAGUCGUCUUGUUCACGUUAACCUGUCGGGUCUCGCAGGCGCGACAAAUGCAGCAAUGAAGAUUCUUGCUGCACAUUGCCCAAGAGUCGAAGUCCUAAACAUCUCGUGGUGCAACAACAUCGACAACCGAGGACUGAAGAAAGUAGUUGAUGGUUGUACUAAGCUGCGCGAUAUCAGAGCGGGCGAAGUACGAGGCUGGGAUGAUGUGGAUCUGAUGGUCCAACUCUUCAAGCGCAACACACUUGAAAGGCUCGACUUGAAGAACUGCGAUAGUCUCAACGAUGAAGCACUGGCUGCUUUGAUUGAGGGUGUAGAUGAGGAGGUCGAUGUCCUCACCGAUCGACCAAUCGUCCCACCCAGGAACCUCAAGCACUUGAACCUUACACGCUGCCGCAGUAUCACCGAUCUUGGCCUGAAGACUCUAGUACACAACGUUCCGUAUCUAGAAGGCCUCCAAGUUUCGAAAUGCGGGGGACUGACCGACGAUGCGCUGAUCAGCUUACUACCCACUGUGCCAGUCCUCACCCAUCUAGACAUUGAAGAGAUCGACGGAUUAACAAACGAAGUCCUGAAAACGCUGUCCGAAUCCCCCUGCGCGCCUCACCUCCACCACCUCUGCAUCUCCUAUUGCGAAAACCUAGGUGACGCGGGUAUGCUCCCCGUGCUCAAAGCCUGCAGCCGUCUCGCUAGCUUGGAGAUGGACAAUACGCGCAUCUCCGACCUCGUCCUCGCGGAAGCCGCAUCAGGCCUCCGCAACCGCAACCGCACGGCCCGUGGACUGACAAACUCGGAACGCCCUGAGGUCGGACUGCGUAUUGAGGCGUACGACUGCGCAAACGUAACAUGGACCGGUGUCCGCGAAGUCCUCUCCCGAAACGCAGAGAUAACGCGUCCUUCUUCCCGCUCUGCUUCUAAGAUGCCAACCUACCCCCGCGAAAUCAUCAAGCUCAAGUGUUUCCACAACUGGCAACCGACUGUUGAGGAACAUACUAAGCGUGUACUGCGAGGCGAUUUUGCAGCCGCUGCGCGUUUAGAACGCAAGUGGGCGGAUUGGAUGAUGUUGAACGAGGAGGCGGGGGUUGGUGGGGCGGGAGCUAGGAGACGGAGGAGGAGGGCGAGGGAGGCACAGAUGAUGCAUGCUGAUGAGGAGGAAGGUGGUGCUGGGGGUGCAGGUGGUGUUAGUCGCCGCCGACGUGCACGAAGUGGGCCUGGGAGUUGUACUGUGAUGUGA